AGAACUUCAAGGGGUAGCUACGCCAGGUGGCAAUGCUGCACCAAAAGGGUGUACAUUCAUUCGGUAUUCAACAACUGGUUUUGUGAGGUCGUUGCUUUCGGGCUACAGGAAGCGCAGAGAGUUCCUGUCCUUAAGGUUAGCAUAAAAGCUGUGAAACAUUUGCGCAAUGUCACAAGUGAAAGAAACAUCUUUUCUAGAUCGUGUCAGCAAUCCGAUCAGGGAAUUAAACUGAUCUGGACUUUGGAGUAGAUACGUUUUUAGGGACUCGUUCUCGAAGGCGGCACUGCAGGCAAACACGUCUUGGAUCUGAUCCGGUUUUCUUGGGUGGUAAUUCGUGGAAGUGGGGAAGGUGCAAUACUUUGCCUUCUGUGUGCUGAGUUGAUAGACAGGAACUUGGCUGGCAUGGUCAUUAUCGAGUGUCUUUUUCAUAACGACUAAGUAGUAUUUUCUAAGUUUGCUUUCAUUUAAGAGCCACCUGUAAAGAGAUAGAAAACUUCUUAAACAGUGCCCUUUAUUGUCUGCUAAAGAUAGAUCAUCAGAUUUGAAGGGUACAGGUGCUUCCCAGCUUCCAUUUGCCUUUUUUUGCAGGCCCAUAGUGAGUAUGUCUCCUAAGCGUUUAUCUUCUAUAAACUCCGCUUGUUCGGUUCCACAAACCUUGCGACUAUGGUGAAUCUUACUGUAAUCAAGCUCCAUCAUUUCACGUACUUGUUUUGGACUGGUUAGGUCCUUAGUAUUUGUUACGUCUCUAGGGUGGUGGUCUGGAUGUUUCCUCGCAGCAAUCUAGGAGUGUCUCUCUUUCCACUCUUACUCGAUUGACCGGGCUCUUUAUGUCUCAUUUUUAAAGUCGCUUAUGUACAUUCGGGAUCUUGAAUAAAUCGACUGUGCCUGUGCUACAUGUGAUGAUGAUUUAUGUGGCCAAGAGAGAGUUGUUGAACGAGAGAAAGUGAUUUUAGAGAAAAAUAAUUUGCAAACAGCCCAAGAGUGAACCAAAUCUUACAUCGAGUCGAUAGCCUCAUAAAUUAUGUACACCUAAAAAUUGGCAAUCAUCUUCGAUCACAUUUAAAAGGCAUAAUGGCUCUUGAUCACCGUAGAUUAAUUAGGUCUGGAAAAACAAUCAGGCCGAAUUUUUUGCGUUCGACAAGUUUACUUUGAAAAAUCUUGCCAACAAAUCUGGGUGCGUGUAAACCAACCUUUUAUACCAUUUAUACAUCACAUCUGAGGUGAAACAGUACACAACGUACUGUUUUUAUAAUACAGACCUCGGACAGAAUGCAGUAUUUCACAAUUUUGCAAAACAAAUUGCACCCAUUCAAUAUUCAGGACGAUCAAAGCAUGCGUGGGCUUUUAGCUAAACCGUUAAAAAAAUUUCCAAAAUCACAGAGACAACAAUUUUCAUCCAGGAACACAAGUAUUUAAGUGUCGCUAAAAUCCCGAGUCUUCAAGCUUAAAGAUGUUUUAAGCCGGCUUCCAGGUGUUUGCUUUUUUAAAAGAUGAACUCAAGAAAAUCGCUCGAAGCUUUCUUUUGAUCUUUCUUUUACAGCCAGAAUUAUUACUAAAUAUUAUUUUGAACGUUUUCUUUCUAUUUGUGGUGAGAAAAUGUCUAAAGGCUUUUUAAAGGUCCGUAAGCUUAUAUCAAACCUGAUACUCGGUCAGAUCAUUGUCUCAAAUCUUACAAACGUACAUAAACAAAAUAGCCGCAUAAACUACGCUCGACUUCAUUAAAUUAGAUAUAAAAACAAACAUCAAUUAUCAUGCGAUAAUUACUCAGGCUUACCUUUCGAGAUGCAGCCCCUGAAAGGUAUCAAGUAAGUCCAGAAUCGCUUCAGACUUUUCAACCCUCUUUACGCAUCAACCAAGGUGAAAAACGAAAACAAUGCCACCCGAAAUCGGAUUUCCGACUAUGACAAGUAACGUAUUUCUCAACCAAAUACCCAGUAAACAAACCAGCCCUGAACAACAGAAGACUCUUGAUAGCAGCUGAAUUUCAUUUUUUACAUCCAGUGGAAAAGACAGUUAAAGACAUCACAAGUUGACACAAAACUCUGUCGGCUUCAGCUGUCAAAGUAAACAAGAUUCAAGAUGCUGCAUAAAUUUUCCGCAUCUCUUUCGGGCACCUCGACAUAGUAGGGUGCUGAAAGGUCCGUAGCUUAGUGGUAGUGCAUCUGGACUGGUAACCAGAAGAUCACAGAGGCGGCUCCAUUCAGAGGCGAGCCACCUGUGUCACUGACUGACAAAACAUCUUUCUCAUGUAUUCACCAGGCACAAAAUUUAUAUUUAUCCUUACCAAUUUUGUCAAAUUCGCCAUUUUCGUCAAUUUUGCAGCGUGAGCGAACAUGCUACAGCAUUGUGUUGUGUAGACAUUAUUUGGCCACAAAAGAAACCGCCAGAAAGGUUGACGCUUUUUGCAGCGUGAUUCCGGCCUAGGGAAAUGGAAAUCAGCGGGGAAAUUUUUAACAUUUGUUUUGUUACCCCCAAAAAAGGGAAAGACAAAAUUUGGUUAGUGCUGCGCGCAUUGGAAAGUUAGCGAGAUAUGUGGGUGCCGUCUUUGCACUGAGGCCUUCAAUAAGAACGUAUUCAAUGAAACGCUUCCAGAUCGACUCUCGGCAAGGACAGUACAUAUGAUGAAAGACUAUCUUAACUAGGAUGGAUUGAUUUGAAAACCCGUCGUCUUCGUUUAUUGUCCUUUUAUUGACUUGUUAGGUCCACCAACCAUCACAGGCGUAUCUACUAACCAGACAGCAAAUGAGGGAGAUGUGGUGACGCUUAACUGUUCAGCUGAUGGUAAUCCACCUCCAAACAUCACUUGGACAAGACUCUCUAGUAACAGUCACGUCACCUUUCCUCUGGUCGUCAGAAGACACGAUGAGGGAGGUUACAGAUGCAGUGCUGAUAAUGGUGUUGCCAUUAAAACCAUUGAUGUCUUCAUCACUGUGCAAUGUGAGUGA